CUGCUGCUUCCCGCAACUCUCAUCCGAACUACUCUGAUUAGGCUUUCAUCUGUUCUAAUGGCGCCUCCCUCUUGCUUUCCUCAGUUCUCGAACCUGCCCACCGAGCUCCGCCUCGCUAUCUGGGAAGAGGCAACGGCUGGUCCUUCGAUGCAUGUCGUUGACGUAUGCUUUCCAUCUCAGAACGGAAAUGGCCGCAGCCAGCUUGCCUUCAAAGGAGCGAACAGCACCGACAAUCAAUACCACCACCGGCGAUGGCUCAACCACGAAUACGUCGCCUUCCUUGACUAUAUCGACGACGGCCAACAUGAUGCCCAAUUUAUUGAGCACACGCUUGAACAAGAAGCCCGGCUGAGAAAAGAUCCCAGCAUGUACAGGCAACGCAGAGUUCAACGCAUGGCUUGCAGAGAAGCGGCCUCGCUAGCGUCCGUCAAAGCCGAUAAUGUCAACAUCGUCUACUUUCCAGGCCGCAGAAGUGUUUUUCGAUACGAUAACGACAACGAUGUACUCCUACUUCGCUUCACGACACCAAGUAUGGGACGGAAAAGUCCACUUCAACAAAAGCUCGAUCUCAGCGGCAUCUCAGAGGCACUCGGAACAUACUGGAGUAAAGAGAUGGCACUCACCGUGUGGAAAGCUCAACGCAUCGCUAUUGAAACUAAUGAGUUGAUGACGCCAUUAUCACUGGCCGACAUUGACUUUUUUGCCUCUUGCAUACACAAGGGGCUGGAUGUCCUUUACUUAGUCCAUCACUCAGAGGACCUGAAAAUGGGUAGUAGCAGGUCUGACCUCCAGCGACGGGGUGAUCUGUUCCUCAAAUUACACUGGAAGAGAGUGAAAGACAAUAUGAUGCGCAGACCAGAUAUCAUAUCUGGUAUCGGAGAGACCUACCGCGAGGUCUUCAACUUCGAACAGCUUGCUUGGGAUCAGUGCCAUCCUGUCUACGUCUUUGCACAAACAAUAUCGGAGUCAAUAGAGCGCCAACAACUGGGCACAGGGAAGACGGGCUUCAAAGGGGUCAGAGUACUUCUAGCCAAGAGCGAGUAG